AUGAAGCAGUUGAGCAGGAUGUCAACGUCACAGUUACCGCCACAAGAGUGCAUUCCCAAGCUGGGCCGCUUUUCCUCACGAGAAGAGGGCGAGUAUCUUACACAAGUUGCUGAUCUCAUGGAGCGACAUGCCGAUGAGCUCGCGUAUUUGGGAGCAGUGUGCAACGUGAAGCCCGUCAAGCUGUUCUGUGGGUAUGAGUUGCCACAAGCGGUCAACAUUUUUAGAUGUAAGGUUUAUCCAAUGGCAAACAACCUCGAAGGCAGAGGAAUAUUGAUCUAA